AAAUCUCUUGGACCACCACCACUGCAUGUUGAUAUACAUUUUCUCACUUAGUAAGGUCAAAGUUUCAGUGCUUUUUACCCCCAGUAUUUUAAAAACUUUCAUUUCGCGUUGUGAUUAGGGAGAGGUAUAGUGAAAAAUUCCAAUUAGCUUAUCGAUAACGCUGCUCUCUCUGUUAUUGAUCACUCUCGCUGACAAAACUUAUCCUCCCCCCUUUUACCCUUGUCCUUCUCCCCUUAACCGUCGUUUAACACUGAUCGGAGGACGAUCCCGUCGCUUUCCAAAUCCUCGUGUGACAACCAAAAUUUCGCCGGAAAGAGAAACGACAUAAUUAUGUUUAACAGAGAUAGGGAUCAGAGCAGAUCGAGACGAGGAGGAGGUGGAAGGAAUGGCCAUUCUGGAGGAGGAGAUGGACAUGGUAGGUUCAACAAUCGUGAUUCAAGCAAUGGAAAUCGUGGAGGAGGAUCCAAAGGAAAGCAGCACGGAGGUUCUUUGAAAAAGCUUCAUUGGGACACACGGACUUUGGAGCCAAUAAAAAAAGAUUUUUACAUUGAACAUCCAGCGGUUAGAAACAGAACAUCUAUUUAUAGGACACCUGACGAAAUUUGUCAGUUCCGUGAAGCAGCAGAAAUAACAGUCAAAGGAGACAAUGUACCAAAUCCCAUACAAUACUUUGAAGAAGGAAAUUUCCCUCCAUAUGUUAUGAACGGCAUUAGAAACCAGGGCUACUCUCAGCCUACGGCCAUUCAAGCUCAAGGAUGGCCUAUUGCUCUCAGCGGCAAGGAUCUUGUUGCUAUCGCACAAACCGGUUCUGGGAAAACUUUAGGGUAUAUAUUGCCAGCAAUAAUGCACAUAAUUCACCAGCCACGCUUGAAUCCGGGUGACGGGCCCGUGGCAUUGAUCUUAGCACCGACUCGUGAGUUGGCUCAGCAGAUACAAGAGGUGGCAAAUUGUUUCGGUGAAUCGUCCGUCCGUAAUACGUGCAUAUUCGGUGGUGCUCCGAAAGGUCCGCAGUCUCAGGAUUUGGAAAGCGGGGUUGAAAUUUGUAUAGCAACGCCGGGACGUUUGAUCGAUUUUUUGGAGCGAGGCACGACGAAUUUGCGCAAAUGUACUUAUCUCGUGCUCGAUGAAGCUGAUCGUAUGCUGGACAUGGGCUUCGAGCCACAGAUACGUAAAAUUAUCGAGCAGAUACGCCCCGAUCGUCAAGUCUUAAUGUGGUCAGCAACUUGGCCAAAAGAAGUUCGAACUCUUGCCGAAGAUUUUCUCACCAACUACACGCACUUGAAUAUCGGAUCUCUCACCCUUUCGGCCAAUCACAAUAUACUACAGAUCGUUGACGUUUGUCAGGAGUAUGAGAAGGACACAAAGUUACAUAGAUUGCUUCAAGAAAUCGGCGGCGAGAAGGAAAACAAAACGAUUAUUUUCGUCGAAACUAAACGGAAAGUCGAUGACAUUACUCGCAAUAUCAGGCGCGACGGUUGGCAAGCUCUCAGUAUUCAUGGCGAUAAGAAUCAACAGGAACGCGAUCACGUUCUUCAAGAAUUUCGCAGCGGCAGAGCACCGAUUCUCGUUGCUACCGACGUCGCUGCACGUGGUUUGGAUGUGGACGACGUUAAAUACGUCAUUAAUUUCGAUUAUCCGUCCUCGUCCGAGGAUUAUAUACAUCGUAUCGGACGUACCGGUCGAAGACGCCAAACUGGAACGGCCUACGCCUUCUUCACCACUCAUAAUAUGAAACACGCGAAUGAUCUAAUCGAGGUCCUUCGGGAAGCGGGACAAACCAUCAACCCGCGGCUCAGCGAGAUGGCCGAAUUGGCCAAAUCUGGAAACUUUGCUGGACGAAGUGGACGACGCUAUGGAAAUUCAUCGGGCUCGGACCGAGGCCCGGGAAAUCGAGGUUCCAGCGGUGGGCGUGGAAAUCCUGGACGUGGAAGGGGUGGAGGUGGACGUGGGGGAGGAGGAUCCUAUCAUUCGGGGUCGAACAAUUUUUCGAAUUGUGAUUACAACGGUUAUUCCUCGGGAAAACCUUCGGGUGGUUCCGGCUACAAUUACAAUUACAAUCAGCGUAACAACGGAAAUCAGGGUUACGGGGGUGGCGGAGAUUCUUAUGGGAGCGGGGGUUACCAGUAUCGGGGAUCCGCUUACUAAUAAUUCCAAACAAAAAAAGAAACCAAAGAAAGAAGAAAUUCUACGAAAGAAUUUAUCCCUUAUUCGUGAUAAACGUAAACGUAGACUGAUUGUACGACAUCGUACCCCAAAGUCCCUUCGUCGUUGAACGAAUUAGAUCACAUUAACUUUUUUUUCUUUAGACACGAUCGCGUUCACGAGCGCGAUUUAUUGGUAGGAUUUUGACGACAAACGAGAGAGAGAGAGAGAGGGGGGGGGGAGGAGGAGGAGGAGAGAGAAAAAAUUAAGAAAGUUACUGAAUCAGGGAUUUUCGAAAAUUGUUAUUACGAAUAGAGAAGUGUGAAGAAAAAAACGCAGGACCAACGUUGUUGAUUCCUUUUCUUUGAUUUGUUGGAAAAUGUGACAGAAAAUGUUCACGGUUGUCGUCUCUCUCGUGCACAAUAUGUUCCUAUUUUUCUUUUAUUAGAUGUGAUACUACAUGUAUGAUUAUUUCUCUGGUAUAGUAACGUUAUCAGUAUUGCAUUAUUUUUUCUUUGUUUUUUUUUUUUCGGGCUACGAUAAAUUUAUGAGCUAGAAAUAUCAUUCGAAAAAAGCCCUCUAACACGAAUUGCUGAUGUAUAAUCUGUGAUCUCAAUGACUAAAUGAAAAAGAGUUAACUACUCGUUAAGUAUUUCGUAGUUAUGAUAAGUUUAUCUUGUAAUUUAAAAACUAAACAAAAAAAAAAAAGAAAUAAACACUUUAUGUUCUUGUUUUCUUGCAGAAGAA